AUUUCGCCUUGUUCAUUAUAGAGCACCCGACAUUCUGUGCUUGCGCCCUUACACCAUUGAACGCACUGUAUAUAAUGUACUAGCUAGCACGUGCCUCCGAAAUACUUCGAGCACAAUGUAUCUUCGGGAGGCUAUUUUGAGGCAGCGCCGCGCGUGUUUUAUUUAGAAUUCCCCAAAAACAAAUUUGUUUUCGUGUACCUGUUGUUCACCUUGAUAUGUGCCAUAAAUAUGUUGGUAUUAACCGCGUUAGCAAACACAUUGUAUGCAAACACACAUUCGCAACGGAUGCUCGAUCAGAAUAGCAAACAAAAAGCGUUCGCAGCUUGUUAGUUUUUUUGUACCUAAUGCGGGUAACGGAAGGAGAACGGAGCAGAGCAGUUCGCGAGACGUUAUUUACAAUAAUAAUUGCAAUAAAUAAUGAGAUGUUUUUUCUCCCACAGAUGGAAGGCGUCGCUAUCGACAUGUACCAAGCGAGUGGAAAGUCGUUCAGACGAACCGAGAGUGACGGGAUUUCGUUGGAAUUGUUAUCUCGUUAUCAGUUGUAUUUAUCCUUGUAAUAAAGCGCUGCAUGAGUAAGCGGAGAGUUUAGUCAAAUAGAAACGCGCGUAGUGAUCGCAGUUGUGCCUUGGUGCUAAGAAUAAUCGUGUCGAGUGUAGCAGUUCGCGCGCGUUUGUGCCGUCUUGUUUUUUUAAACUGCCCAAUUAAUGUUCUACAUGCUGCUCGUAGGAAUUGAAAGUAAAAAAUCCCUUGUGUCAUAUCCAAAUGUCAAUAUGCAAUACAACACGAUCGGACGUGAACGAAAAGGUUCAGUUACGUCGGUGUCCAAUUGGUUUUAUUCACUCAAACGGACGGGGAAAAAGAGCAAAAAUUCGCAAAAAUAUGUUACGUCGAGAAGCGAUUGGGAUAUUUCCACUAUAUCUAAAACUCCCUCAAAAUGGGCGUUAAAAGAUGAACUGUGCGAGGUCGUCUCCGAAAUGGAAUCCUUGGAUUCCGGGGAGGAGGGCAAGAAUAGUAAUAAGGCGAAGAUGAUGUCCAUAGGACGUAAGAAGUUCAACAUGGAUCCGAAGAAGGGCAUCGAGUACCUGAUCGAGAAGGAUCUGAUACAGAACACCGCGGAGAGCGUCGCCCAAUUUCUCUACAAGGGCGAAGGGCUGAACAAGACCGCGAUCGGCGAUUAUUUGGGCGAGAAGAACGACUUCAACGAGAAAGUUCUGCAGUCGUUCGUGGAUCUGCACGAUUUCACCGAUCUGAUUCUGGUGCAAGCUUUAAGCAUUUCCAGACAAUUCCUGUGGAGCUUCCGUCUGCCCGGAGAGGCGCAAAAAAUCGAUAGGAUGAUGGAGUGUUUCGCGAAACGCUACUGCGACUGCCAGGGCGAGAAUAACAUAUUCGAAAAUUCGGACACGUGCUACGUACUCUCGUUCGCCAUUAUUAUGCUUAAUACCAGUCUACACAAUCCGAGUGUGAAGGAGAAACCUUCGAUAGAACAAUUUAUUACUAUGAAUCGGGGCAUCAACAUGGGACAAGAUCUUCCUCGCGAAUUACUUGUUGGUCUGUACGAUAGUAUCAAAGCGGAGCCGUUCAAAAUCCCCGAAGACGACGGUAAUGAUCUAAUGCACACCUUUUUCAAUCCGGACAAGGAGGGCUGGCUGUGGAAGCAGGGCGGCCGUUACAAGAGCUGGAAGCGGCGGUGGUUCAUACUAAAUGACAAUUGUUUGUACUACUUCGAGUACACGACAGACAAGGAACCGCGCGGCAUAAUUCCGUUAGAAAAUAUUUCAGUGCGCGAGUGCACCGAUCGGCAAAAACAGCACUGUUUCGAGUUGUACGCGAGUGGCGGCGCCGAUUUUAUUAAGGCUUGCAAAACUGAUUCGGAGGGUAAAGUGGUGGAGGGCAAGCAUACUGUUUAUCGGAUGUCCGCUAGUAGCGAAGAGGAGAAAGUGGACUGGAUGGAAAGGUUGAGUAGAAGUAUUAGUCACAAUCCGUUCUAUGAUAUGUUAGCAAGUCGUAAACGAAAAGCGCAGCAUAACACUAAGAAUUAAUAUGUCGACGAUCCUGUAAAAUUUAUUGUAAUUACGUGUGUUGUAUAUAAUUAUUUAUUAAAUUUUUUAUUUAAAGUAUUACGAGGAAAUUCGCGUUCGGUUUUGUUUUUGUAAAUUAAGUCAUUCCCAUUUCCUCGCUUACUUGAUUGUAAUGUGUUAAGUACAAAAGUAUUUGUUUUUGUUUAUAUUAUUUGAACAAGUGAUGAUUAUGUUAAGUAUUGUAGAUUUAUUAAAUCGAUUCUAUUUUC